CACUCCCCACCAUCCCAUGAGUCGAAUAGUUGAAUUAAUCGCCGUAAGAAUAGGUAGUGACAUUUGUUUACACUCACAUCGCCAAUAUGAGAGCCGCUCGAGUACGCGCAACCUCCCCCGAUGGCACGCCAUAUGGCGUCCCACAUCACCCCGCCCCUUCGUCGGCGAUUGAGGUUCAUGAUGACAUCCCGAAACCCCAGGUGUCCCAGCCCGACGAGUUACUCAUCCAGGUCAAAGCCUCAACUGUGAUCCGCGACAACCUCGAAUGGAACGAGCUGUACCCCCCCAACCAUGCCCUCUUAGGCAACGAUUUUGCCGGCAUCAUCGUCGACAGGCACCAAAGUGUGGACGAAUACAAUGUCGGAGAUCAUGUCUAUGGAAUGUCACACGGUAAUCGGGGCGGAAUGUGGGCCGAGUAUGCCGUUGUCACGACCGAAGAGGCGGUCCACAAACCGGACCAUCUGUCCUGGGAGGAGGCGGCCGCACUGCCGCUUAGCGCCAUGACGGCGGAUCAGGCCCUGUUCGUGCAUGGGGGACUAGAACUCGCACGGUCGCACCCCAAAAGCAUUCUGAUUACCGGGGCCAGCGGGGGCGUGGGCGUGUAUCUCGUGCAGUUCGCUGUCGCCGCUGGCCAUCAUGUCGUGGCGGCGACCAGCUCCCGCCAGCGCAAUGAAGCCCUCCUCCGCUCGAUCGGUGCCCACGAGGUGGUCGAGUACACCGAUUUUAGCACGUUACAUCCGUUUGACCUGAUCGUCGAUGUCGUCGGAUCCCAGGUGCUUCGCGACUGUUGGGGCGUGAUCAAGCCUGACGGCACCCUCAUCUCUGUCGAUUCCACCAGUUGGGGGUUUGUCGACGAACACCGUCGCAGCGACAUCAGCGUGGGCAAGGAGGGAGUGCGGGCCCUCUUUUUUAUUGUGGAACCGUCGAGGCAGAGUAUGGAGCGCAUCUCGCGACAUGUUCUGAGCGGGAAGAUCAAGGGGUUGGUGUCAAAAACCGUGUCGCUGGACGACGUGCGAGCGGCGUAUGAAUCGGCACAUUCCAGGGGUAUCGGACAAGGCAAGAUUGUGAUUACUCCUUGAUCUCUUGCUUCUAUAUUGAUGGCCUAGCCUACGUUGUUCUGCAUAGCUGAAAACGCUCUGCAGGUGGUUGACA